AUGUCACCUAUACGACCAAAAUCUGGGGCGCCCAAAAAGGGCCCAUCGAUAUCCGGAGGUAUCUUGAAACGCCAAAAGCAACCUAGGGUACCCAAGAAAAAUAUCAAACAGUUUACGAAGUCGCCAAUGACUAUAGAGGACAUCAUGAAGGUGUACAGGAUAAUUAUCUCAACUGCAGUCCAUCACUAUAGCAAAAGAAAGCUAGUUAAGAUUGAAGAGUCUGGGACUGUUCACAAGAAGAAGCGUCCAGGUGUGCCUGUCUACGUUGCCACAGCGGGACCGGGCAGCGAAAAGACCACAUCCACCGCUCCGGCGCAUCUUGUCAAGAAAUACGGCCAAGAACUGGGUAGCAGGCUGUACAAAGCAUACAAAAUGCUCGACAUGUGCGACUGGAGCAUGCUGGUGAGUCUUGAACCUGCGCGUGCUAAGCUUGCUGACUUUCACGCAAAGGUAGACUGGAUUUACUGCGUCCCCAAUCGCGAUUUCAUCAUGACGCUUGGGUGUGAGGAAGACGAAGAAGAAUACGGAACCGAGGUAGCGCACUCGGUUCUUCGUAUCAAAGAUGCUGCCGGGCAUGUGACCAUCUCGGACUUCACCUUGGAACAAUUCGGGUGGAGCAGCGAUGACUUCUUUUUGCCUAUGGAGACCUUUUUCGAUCGGUUUGCCGAGUCGCGCAAGUGGAAGGUGACUGAUUCGAAGGCGCUGGAAGGUCCUGAAAAUCCCUAUGAGCGUGCUUAUGUCGAGCUCAUCAGGAACCUCUGCGCAAAUGUCGAUUGGGAUAAGAUGGAGGCGUUGGGAGAAGAGGCGAGGUCCAGCCUCUUGCGGCGAAAAACAGUUAAAGCCAUCAAGGGUCAUUAAAUUGAGACAAAUCGCAAACCCACCUCGGCCUUCCACCGACGGGGCGGAGCCUGAGGGACAGGGCGCGCAUGCCAAUGCU